AUGUUAGACCUUGAAAACACGUUGAUGCGCUUGCCGGAGCCCAAAGACACCGGAGCAAAGGACGAGAAACGAUCAGUUAGUUUUGUGACGGUUUAUCGCCGGAAAAAAUAUUUGAAUCGCCCGUGUUACUUCGAGGACGAAGAUGCGGUUCAAAUAUCUUUCGGUCCAUCGCGGAGUCUUGCGCGACAUUGUUACUUGCCGGAUACCGUGGAGCGUGGGAUUCAGAAUAUUCCGCAUAGUGCGGAGGACGAGGCGAAUACGGAAGCCUUGCAAUUUGCGUCGGAGGGAGUUUUGCAUGCGGAAGGCGGAUGGCCCAAGGAUAUAAGUUACCAAAAUUCGGAGCAAACAAGUCGUUACAAGCGGAAAAUUGAGAAAACGGAGGAAUAUAUUUCGCAAAUGUCGAAUUUGACACAAACGAUGAUGCAUAUGAUCAAGCAAAAUAAUGCUGUGAAUAUUUAUCAGAAUUAUUUUGAAGAGAUUGAACCGUUGGAACUGACGGAAAAUUACUCGAGUCGAACUAUUACUGUUUUUCAUGAGCACGGGGAUAUUCAUCGCCCCGUCACGAACAUCGCAUGGAAUUUCGAGGUAAACACUCAAUUCGCCGCCGCCUUUUCCGACAAAUUUCAAUUCAACAAGCCCGCAGCGACGUACAUCUGGGACAUUGACAACCCGAAUGUGCCUCUUCUCACUCUAACUUCUUCACAUCCGGCGCCCUGCGUCGAAUAUAACCCCAAAGAUUCGCACAUUUUGGCAAGCGGCAUGAAUUCCGGGCAAGUCGUUGUGUGGGAUUGUCGCAUCAGCAGCAACGAGCAACUCGUGUCGAAUCACGAAUUCAGUCAUCGGGACCAAAUUAAUUGCUUGGUGUGGUUUCAGUCGAAGACAAACAGCGAAUUUUUCACCGGUUCAACUGAGGGACAGUUGUGCUGGUGGGACAUACGGAAAAUUGACAAACCAACUGAUCGAAUUUUUCUCGAUCCGAUGAAAAGUGAUCCGGGAAAGUUGUCGCGUGCGUUUGCGAUUUCGGCGAUUGACUCGGAUCCGAGUAUUGCGACAAAGUAUAUGGCGGGAACGGAGCAAGGAGUGCUUUUUACAUGCAAUCGCAAGGGAAAAACUCCAAACGAAAAAAUCACAUCUCGCGUCAAAUGUCACUACGGAGCAAUUUGUUCGGUAAUGCGAAGUCCUCAUUUCAUCAAAAAUUACAUGACAGUCGGGGAUUGGCAGGCAAAAAUAUGGACUGAAGACAACAAAGACACGUCAAUUGUGUGGACCAAAGAAUAUUUUUCGCAGCUAACAUGCGGCGUGUGGAGCGAAACACGUUGCGCGGUUUUCUUCGUGGGUCGCAUCGAUGGCAUGGUUGACGUUUGGGACAUUGUGCAAGACCUUAACAAGCCAGUUUACAGCAUCAAAAUCUCCGACUAUCCGGUUUUGAGUUUGAAACAUCACAAAGAAGGAAAAUAUAUAAUUGUGGGAACGAGUGACGGGCAUGUUCAUUUACAAGAAUUGAGUGAUAAUUUGGUUCAUACUUACAGUAACGAGCGUCAAUUAAUGGCUUCCAUGUUGGAACGUGAGACGAAACGUGAACGCUUUCUGGAGAUCCGUAUUCGAGAAGUCAAGCUACGUGAAAAAGAGUUGCGUCGCGAAAAGGAACUCGCACGUGCUCAAUACGAAGAAGACAAGGCGACGGAGAAGGACAACGUUGAAAUCGCCGAAAAAGCCUUCAUGACUGUCAUUGAAGCUGAAAUUAAACGUCGAGAGGGUAUAUAUCAACGAUUAAAUAUUCCCUUUUAA